AUGUCCGACUCAGUGAAUACUGAGCGGGCCAAUCGUUCGCUGCUUGAAAUGGUGAAUGAAGCUCAACAUCGUCUGCAACACAUGGAGAUCUCGUGCCAACAGAUUCUUCCUUCUACAGGCUAUACCAGUCCUCAAAGUGUACAUGACCCCUUGUCAAAUGAUCCUAAAGUCUUGCAGGUGCAGGUUGCUCAACUUCGGACGCAGUUGCUGACUGCGGUGACACUUCGCGAAAAGGAAGACGUGAAUUUUCGACAAGCGGCACAAUAUGCAGCAGCAAAAGGCACAGCAAACGGAGUAUUACAUGCGCUGUUCGACCAAGCAAGUGCCGGCAAGACGGAGGUGCUUAAGAUGUACCUGGAUACGGGAUCAAUCCCCACCCGCGACGGUUUAAGACAUUGGAGAUUAGAUCUCUGUUCCAUACGGAACGAGACUGGAGCUUCGCUUCUCCACGUGGCCGUGGGAGUUUCUACAGCGAAACAAAGCGUCAAAAUAAAACUCGUGAACAUGCUUUUGGACAGAGUAGGCUUUGACCCGACUGUAAGGGACGUGUAUGGGCAGACUCCGCUUCAUGUUGCAGCGAUGAGUGGAUAUUCAGAGGUGGUCGAUACAUUACUUGAACGAGGUGCUGACCCAUUGGCUCAAGACAGAUCUGGUCUGACGGCACUGUCAUUAGUUCGAACUCUAUCGAGACCUCCAGAGGAAGUCGUACAAAAACUUUUGAAAGCAGAAAAAGUGACAAUUCAAAACAUGAUGCAAGAGUCAAUCUCAAUACCGCUUUCAAAAGCGCUUAUGUCAGCAGUAUUUCUUCAAGGACUAUCUCGAUUCGCUCUGAAGCAACACUCUAACGCUUUCGCGCAUCAGACGACAACAUUAGUUCAUGCAUUGCUUGAAGAAUCGCAUGAUGGCAGCAUUGAGUUUGAUCGUGUGAUUCAAAAGCGAGUUCCUAUGCUCUUUGAUGUCGUUCCUGCCACUCAAGUUGUUCGCUUGAAGUCAAUUUUUCUAAGAACAAUGUUCAAGGAUCCAAAUUUUAUUGAUGAACUUAAGAUCGAAGCGAAUGGAUACGGUUUAUCACUGGUAACGCCUGCAUCGGCCGUCGGAUCGCUCACUGGUCCGACUUGGACUUCAGUCUUGUUGAAGCUUAUCCAAGGUGUUCAGCUAGAAAUGGCGGGAUGGACUCAAAAUGACAUCCAUUUCGAUGAUGUACCAGCUCAUGUUGACAGAAACGUCAUCAUGAAAGAUAGCAUUGACAAUGUUACGUCGCCACCAUCUCGCAAAUGGUCGACGUCCUCUUCCUUUACGUCCACCGACACAGAUUCGUGUUCAGCCUUGCGCUAUGCUGAUCAAACAUCAUUCGUCGCUCAAACACGUGCUGUCUGGUAUUACGCGGUGUUGUUCAAGGCCUCAACAAGUGCUUUUCCAGGGACCUUAACGGUGACACCAGGAAGCACUAUUGCCGUGGCAUCAGAAGAUGUAUCGAAGUAUUUUCCUCUGGAUGACCGACUUACGAUCGGCUCAGCAGAAUACUUUGCGGUAAGUUAUGACUCAAAGUCCCGUGCUAUCAGGCUAGAUCGUGGGUACGAUGGAAGAGCACCUGCCACUUUGACGGCAUAUCUGAGCGGAUCAAGCCCUUCUGGACCCCCUCCGAAUAUUGCGGUGAAACGAAUAUGGGAGCGAGAACCAGGGAAUAAAUACGAGGAUCAAAUGAGCAGCGAGCAGGUAUGUUUCGGUGACAUACGAUCGUGCACUUUGGAUCUAUGCUCAGCUUACUGUCGAGAGCAGGAGCUGUUUCAAGAUUACCAAUUUUUAGAUCCCGAAAGCGAGUAUGAAGUGGCAAUUAAGCUCGGCCCGAUCCCGAGCGGACAAGAUGCAAGAGGCAUCGUUGCUGAGUGGAAGCGGACAGCAAAAGAGUUGUUUGACUCGCGGAAAUGCAUAUCUGAAAUGCCAUGUUGCCAAUACUAUUGUUCACAACGUAGUGGUCAUUCGUUGUGUCUAGGAACUCUUGCUGCAAUAGGACAGGGUCUAGCUAAACGUCGUCUUGGUCGUAUAACAUUUUCAAAGCCUUCAAAGCCUCGUGCCUCGCUUCAACGGCUUCAAGAUCGUUUCAAGGGGACAGAAGCUUGGCCUGGUUCACCGUCAAAGUCUGCAACGACAAAUCCACCGUAA